AGCAGACCGUGGCUCUUCUUCUUCCCAUAAUUCCGUUCCUGUGCAGCAAGACCAAGGGAUUCAUUGACAUAAAAAUGAGUUCUUGCUUCACCAUCUCCCUCUCUCUUCUCUUCUUCUUCAUCAAUUUUGUAGGUACUGAAUCAGCACCCACGUUUCUACGGCAUUACUGCCCAAACACCACCCUCUUCACUCCCAACUCCGCCUACCAAUCCAACCUCAACACCCUCCUCUCUUCCCUCGCCUCUGCUGCCGCCGAUGGCGCUGAUGGCUUCGCCAAUGCUACUGUUGGCCAAAACCAUCCCGACCAGGUCUACGGGCUCUUUUUCUGCCGUGGUGACAUCAACACCUCCACGUGCGGCGACUGCGUGGCCACUGGAAAACAGGAUAUACUCCAAAGAUGCCCCAACCAGCGAGUCUCCGUGAUCUGGUACGAUGAGUGUAUGUUGAGGUACUCCGAUGGGUCCAUCUACUCGGUCAUGGAACAAGUGCCUUCUUUCAAGACGUACCGCACCAGGAACAUCACCAAUCCAACACAGUUCAUGCUAGUCCUGGGAGAGACCAUGGACGACAUCGCUGCGAGGGCUUCAGUCGGCAAGUCGGGGAAGAAACUUGCCGUUGCGGAGGCAAACUUUACGAGUUCGCAGAAGCUGUACACUCUCGCGCAGUGCACACCGGACUUGACGGUGUUGGAGUGCAACACGUGCCUCCAGGCAAGAAUCGGGGGUCUCCCACAGGGGAAGCAAGGUGGGAGGUUGUUCGCUCCAAGCUGCAGCAUGAGGUUCGAGCUGUACCCAUUUUACAAUGCCUCGGCCAUGGCGGCGCUGGUGCCUCCCCCGUCCUACCUUCGUUCUCCUCAUGCUCCCGUGACCAGACGUAAAGCACUUCAAAGCAGCACAAUUUACAGCAUAACUGCAUCAAGUCCACUGGCUCAGGACCAAACCCUUGUCUCUAGUAGUCAAAUCUUUGAGCUCAGGUUCUUCACGCCCAAAGGAUCAGCAAAGCAGUACGUAGGAAUAUGGUACAAGCAGAUGACUCCCUCUAGAGUUGUCUGGGUGGCCAACAGGGACAAGCCACUUGGACAUACAGAUCAAUCUGCAAGUUUAAUAAUUGGCGAAGAUGGAAAUCUGAAGCUUCUUGAUGGGCGACAAAACACUGUGUGGUCUACUAAUGCCAUGGCAAAGUCGAAUUAUUCUGAAGCAUUGCUUUCAGACUAUGGAAACUUUGUUCUUCAAGACAGGAACGCGCAUAUAAUGUGGGAAAGCUUUGACGAGCCAAUAGACACUCUCUUGCCAAACAUGAAGAUUGGAGUAAAUGUGAAAGAAGGAAAGAAACUAAACUUGACUUCCUGGAAAGGCGAAGAUGAUCCCUCACACGGAAGCUUUGUCGCGGGAGUGACAUCGGAGACACCACCUCAGCUUUUCAUUUGGAAUGGAUCAAGUCCUUACUGGAGAAGUGGACAUUGGGAUAAAACCAAGUUCAUCGGAGUACCAAACAUAACCAACAUAUUUUACGAUCUCCAACAAGAUAAUGUCCAGGGAACCUCAUAUUAUUACCUCAAAAAUUACAACAACUCCAUCUUUGAAUAUGUUUUCAUCUCUUCUGAAGGAUCUCUAAAGGCAGCUUAUUGGUUCAAUGGCUGGAUAACAUAUUGGGAGGUACCGGCACCAACUAACCCUUGUGACAUUUAUGGAAUAUGUGGCCCCUUUGGAGUUUGCAACCCGUUUAGUUCACCCAUAUGCAGAUGCUUAAAAGGUUUUAAACCUAGAUCAGAUGAAGAAUGGAACAGAGGAAACUGGACCAGAGGGUGCCUUAGGAAAAUGGAAUUGAAUUGUCAGAAAUCUGCAAGUGCAGCAGCUUCAACAACUGUGGAAAAAGAUAUGUUUAGGCAAAUGAGACAAAUAAAAUUGCCUGAUUCCGCUGAUCAUUUGUUGAUAGAUAAUGCGGAAGGAUGUCAAAGUUGGUGCCUAGAAAACUGCUCGUGCUUGGCCUUUUCUUAUGUAAAUGCUAUAGGAUGUAUGGCUUGGAGUAAAGACCUCCUAGAUACUCAGCAAUUAUCCAUGGGUGGCGAAGAUCUAUUUAUUCGACUUGUGUAUGCGAGUGCGGGUAUGGAUACAGGUGUACCUACGCGAACAAAACUUAUCAUCGGCCUAAGUACUAUUUCUGGCAUCAUCUUAUUUGGAGCUAGUAUUUCAGUCUGUGGUCUUUCAAAGUGGAGAGGGAAGUUUAGGAAAAUGAAAAUCCCAAGGCUCUUUACGUCAGAAAAAUUGCUAAGGGACACUACUUGGAAAGACCAGAUGAAGGAAGAUGAUACAUCAAAACUGGUCGUUUAUGACUUUGAUAGCAUACGCCUCGCGACAGAUAACUUCAACGUGAAAAACAAACUCGGGCAGGGAGGGUUUGGCCCAGUUUAUAAGGGAAAACUGAACGAUGGUAAGGAGAUAGCAGCAAAGAGACUUUCAAGCAGCUCGGGCCAAGGCAUAGCGGAGUUCAAGAAUGAGAUUCUUCUAAUUUCCAAACUUCAACACCGAAAUCUGGUGAGACUCUUUGGUUGCUGCAUUGAGGGAGAGGAAAAGAUUCUAGUGUAUGAGUACUUGCCCAACAAGAGCUUGGACACCUUCCUCUUUGAUUCAAAAGAGAAGGCAAAACUUAGCUGGAGUGUACGCUUCCACAUUAUCCAGGGGGUCGCCAAAGGGCUGCUUUACCUCCACCGCGAUUCUUGCCUUAGAGUCAUACAUCGGGAUUUGAAAGUGAGCAACAUUCUCUUGGAUGAAAAGAUGAAUCCCAAGAUUUCAGAUUUUGGGCUGUCACGGAUGUUUGAAGGCACUCAAGUUUUGGUAAAUACUCACAAAAUUGUGGGGACACUUGGCUACAUGUCUCCAGAGUAUGCCAUGGGUGGAAUAUUUUCUGAGAAAUCUGAUGUUUAUAGCUUUGGAGUACUGCUAUUGGAGAUUAUUAGCGGCAAGAAGAACACAAGUUUAGAUUACCCAGGGCAACAUCUCAAUCUCCUCACUUAUUUGUUACAGGCUUGGCACUUGUGGUGUGAAGACAAAGGAUUAGAUCUAAUGGAUGAAGGCAUUGCCGAUGCAUUUUUGGUGUCAGAAGUGAUGAGAUGCAUUCAGUUAGGGCUUCUCUGUACGCAAGACCAUGCCACAGAUAGACCCAACAUGUUUGCCGUGGUUCUAAUGCUGAAUGGGGAGUCCAAUCUUUCACAGCCAAAGCAACCGACAUAUACAUUUUCACGCUCGCCGGCUCACGAAGUCCCAUCACAAGAAGAAAGCAUCCGAUCCGUGAAUACCAUCACCAUUAGUACGGUUGAAGGAAGAUAAAAUUCUCAAAUGCAUUUUCACUAUAAUUCAUCUUUCCAGGGGCUCAGUGUUCACCAAAUUAAGCGGCUUGGAUGUGCAAUAUUUUGUUGCACUUUUAUGUGGAUAUAUGAUGUAAACAUAGAGAUUGUGAGGGAAUCUAAGUUGCUAGCUCUUUGGUAGAACAGUGUUAUGUGGGCAAGGACGCAAAAAAGUUCAGAACAUCUGUAAGCAAAACUAAAGUGUUAGAGCUUCUUUUUAAAGAGGAUUUGAUAGUUAAAUUUUCACCUAAAA